CAUUAUUGGCAUAGUGUGAUGAUUGAAAGUCAUUUUUUGAUGUCAGUGUUUUCAGUAAAAGAGUAGAUGUUUGCUAUUUAUUACAAAGCUUGGACGUAUUCUGGCACACUGGCAACAUACUAAUAGACUGCAAGCACAGUAGUGGCACUGAUGCCAUCAAACGUUUUUAUUCCGGAGCAUCCUACAUGGCAAUAACUACAAAUAAGGAGAGGAGACCAGAUAUCACACGAGUGCAAGUGGACGGUGUCUUAGUAUUACAAUGAUGGUGUGUGGUUCAGUUUUCGUUUCAAAUGUAUAUUGGACUAUGUUGAGGUAGUGUGGUUGUCACUGAUGGGCGUACUCGCGACUGACUCCGAGUAUAAAUUGUGUGUAUUUCACUUCCUCGUGUACAUGCAGUUUGUGGACAGACACUACAUUAGUCGUGUGCUGCAUUGCUGUCGUUCGGUCCAUUUGCAGCCUUUGGAAUGACUACCCACUGGUGGACGAUUGUGCUGGUGUGCUUUCGACUGAUGAAUAGCAUGGUAGACAUGAGAAGCACACGACAACAUGCACAAGGCCGAGUACUCGAAUGUCACUGUCGCAACAAGCCCUGUAACGCCACGAGAUACUGUAGCGGAAACUGCGACACAGGCUGGUAUGGAAACUACUGUCAAAAACAAAAUGUCGCGUUACAUGGCACAGCGACACAGAAGAGCACUUACAAUGUCAAUAAUAGUGACACAGAUAACAAGCAUGUAUAUUUCAAUGCUGGUUUGGCUCUUGACGGCAACACCAUUACAAGAUUCUACUCUCUGACAUGCGCACAUGCUGGACCCGAAAGAAACUCAUGGUGGAAUGUGGCACUAUCAAACGACCAUCAGAUAAAAUACAUCACAAUCUACAAUCGGGAGGAACAUGCAAACGCCCAGAGACGGAAAGGAAUGGAAGUUCAGGUGGGCGGGAAGCGAUGUUUCAAAUGGGACAAUACAUCUACUCCUGAUACCGUCUGGAAUGUUACCUGUAACAAAACUCUGACAGGAAGAAAUGUUACAAUAACAACUCCUUCAGCCUUUCUCAGCCUAUGUGAAGUACAAGUGUUUGUUUGUAGUGACUUCUGGUUUGGAAAAGAGUGCGACAAGCAGUGCAACUGUUUCAACGAGUCGGAGAUAUGUGACAAAGUAGAAGGUCAGUGCACAAGCGGAUGUCCACCAGGGUUUAAUGGAACAGAUUGUCUUCAAGAAUGUGUAAGUGGCACCUAUGGCUCGAACUGCACUUUCUCGUGUGGACACUGCGUGAACAACACCUUCUGUGACAGAACUGACGGCAUCUGUCCCCACGGCUGUGACGACGGGUGGACCGACGCUACAUGUGACAAGGCUUGCAAUGGCACAUAUGGUAAGAACUGUACGGAGGAAUGUGGACGCUGUAACGGAACUAGCUGCAACCACGUCGACGGCACCUGCCCCAACGGCUGUCUGUCGGGUUGGAAUGGAACGACGUGUCAUGAUCAGACUGAGCGUGAAGGUUUGGAUGACAAUGGCGGAACAUCUAUUUUUGGGAUGACCAAUCUCGUGGUUGGUGUGGCAUUGACUGUAGUAAUCAUCGUUGCUGUUGUUGUUGCUGUGAUAUUGCUGAAAAGGAGACAACUGAGAUCUGACAGUCACACAGCCCCAUAUGUUCCAGGUCAAGUGUUUAAUGUUGAGGAUGAGGACGAGGCGUUCUCUGUGGAGGUAGAAGUUGACUUUACUGAAGAUGAGGAUGCAACCUACUGCAACUGGGUCUCCCCCUAUGUCGUGCUGGAGAAACUGGCUCAGUACAUAAAAAGGAAACAAGAGGACGACACGUCCUUUGAAAAUGAAUACAAGAUGCUUCCGUACGGGAUCAGAGGCCACGUUGAAGAAGGAAAAAAGCCUGAAAACAAACCGAAAAAUAGAUUUGCUGCUUUGUACCCAUACGAUGAGUCGCGAGUGAUUCUUGAGAGCAGUGGAAAUGCUACAUCAGGCUAUAUCAACGCUAACUACAUUCAGGGCUUCCCUGAUGGUUCUAAAUACAUCGCCACACAAGGUCCUACGCCAGCGACAGUGGGGGACUUCUGGAGAAUGGUUUGGCAGCAGCGGGUGGGGAAAGUAGUCAUGGUGACACAGCUGAAGGAGAUGCAGAAGGUAAAGUGCGAGCGGUACUGGCCUGAGAAGGACAAAAACAAACAAUGCGGCGAUCUCACUAUAGGACUUGAAACCACGGUGACAAGGACUGACUACACGAUCAGGAAACUGACCGUGAAGAAUGCCAAGGGGUCAGAGACGAGAAGGGUCCUCCACUUCCAGUUCCUGACCUGGCCAGACCACGAUGUCCCAUCUGCUCCAGCUCUGGUCAGCUUCUGGAAGAGGAUCAAACAGCUGGACGGUGGAGAGGAGGGGCCGUUGCUGGUCCACUGCAGCGCUGGAGUGGGGCGGACGGGGACGUUCAUUGCUCUGGACUAUCUGAUGGACCAGGCUGAGGCAGAACACAGGGUGAACGUGUUCCAGUGUGUGUCAAGGAUGAGACAGGCCAGGAUGAACAUGGUCCAGACCGUGAAUCAAUUCGAGUUCGUCCAUCUGGCGGUUCUGGAAGCCCUGGAGAGUAGAGACACAUUCUACAAAAUGACUGAUUUUGAAAGCAUUUUCGGAAGUGAGAAAAGUGACAGCAAACAGCAAGACACAAGCUUGAAGAAGGAAUUUAAGUCAAUUCAAUCACAAAGACCACAACAGACGGAAAAAGCCAUUUCCGAUGCGAUGCUUCCAGAAAAUGUGUCCAAAAACAAGAACAAGGCCAUACUUCCAGGGAACAAGUCACGUCCUUAUUUAUCCACCCCAGUUGAAGGCUACAACAAUUACAUCAAUGCUGUCACUCUACCAUCCGUGAUGAGGUCCUCCAUGCUGAUCGCUACUCAGACGCCCAUGGAGAACACCGUGGUAGACUUCUGGAGACUGGUGCACGAUCACGACUGCUUCACCAUUGUGUGUCUGGAUGAUUCACAGGAUGUUGAGCGCCUAUACCCUGGCAGCAAGGGGGUCCUCCAAGCAGGUCCAUUCCACAUUCAGCAUGCCCAAGAAAGAAGUAGGGGAAGUUUAACAGAGAAGACCCUGAUGCUGACCAAUACUAAACAGCGACGAACUCCUCAGUCUGUCAAUGUCCUGAGCCUUAACUCUCUGCUUGUCUCAAUGUCGCCCGACACUGCUGGGCUGCUAGAGCUGGUCAACAGAGUGGAUACGACACUCAGUCAAGAUCAGCACAAAGUCCUCGUCCACUGUGCUGACGGUGCCCGGAUGUGUGGGGUGUUCUGCGGUGUCCUGAACACCAUCAGCAGAUUGAGGCUGGACUCUGUGGUGGACAUCUAUCUGACCAUCAGGGAGCUGCAGUUGGCCAGGCCACAGUUCAUACAGGCAUUCGCUGACUACAAGUACUGCUACGACUUGGCAAAGGAAUACAUCCGCUCAGAGAACGUCUAUGCCAACAUGGGACAACCUGCUUCUGAGCAGGGGACAUCGGGGACCUGUGCAUGAUUAUAUGUGACCGUGUGAUAACACACACAGUGUUAAUCAACGACCAGUGACAAAACACGAUUAUAAUCAACGACCGGUUGUAGCACAUGCUUAUAAUCAACGACCAGUGAGAACGCACGCAUUUAAGCAACGACCAGCGAGAACGCACGCAUUUAUGCAACGACCAGUGAGAACGCACGCAUUUAAGCAACGACCAGCGAGAACGCACGCAUUUAUACAACGACCAGUGAGAACGCACGCAUUUAAGCAACGACCAGCGAGAACGCACGCAUUUAUACAACGACCAGUGAGAACGCACGCAUUUAAGCAACGACCAGCGAGAACGCACGCAUUUAAGCAACGACCAGUGAGAACGCAUGCAUUUAAGCAACGACCAGUGAGAACGCACGCAUUUAAGCAACGACCAGUGAGAACGCACGCAUUUAAGCAACGACCAGUGAUAACGCACGCAUUUAAGCAACGACCAGUGAGAACGCACGCAUUUAAGCAACGACCUAUUCACAACAUACGUUUCUUUUUCUCGUUCGCCUACUUUGUUAUUUCUUCUUUUGCUAUGUCAUUAUGAUAUUGUCUGAUUUUUGUAUUAAUGUGCGGAAGGUAUUGCGUGGUUAUAUGUUGCUGUCAAGUAGGUUCAGAUUACUCAAAGGAAGGCUUAAAUUAAUGAAAUGUUUAAAUUAAUGAAAUGUUCAAAUUAAUAAAUGUAUCUGUAAAAGUAUAGCAUGAUACUUGCCAUGUGUAAUAUUAUACAAUGUUAUAUUAAUCAUGUUUUAAGUUUUAAGCUUUUAAUGCAAUUCAUAGUACAUGACACUAAACGUUAGAUCAUGGACCUAGCCCAGUUGGUAAAGUGUUAGGUUCGAAUCUACACACCAACAUUGACAUCACCACCACUACCACUACCACUACUACCACCACUACUAUGACCCGAUACUCCUUUUAUUGCAGGGGCGGUCGAGUAGCCUAGUGGUUAAAGCAUUCGAUCGUCACGCCGAAGACCCGGGUUCGAUUCCCGACAUGGGUACAAUGUGUGAAGCCCAUUUCUGGUGUCCCCCGCCGUGAUAUUGCUGGAAUAUUGCUAAAAGCGGCGUAAAACCAUACUCACUCACUCACUCACUCACUCACUCCUUUUAUAGCAAGUAAUUCGGUAACACGUGUAAUUAUACAUCAAUUAACCAUGUUUCAAUGGACAUGGAAAUGUUUUUCUAACAUCCCUUUGUCACUUACAGCUGUUGAAAUGUGUGAGGACAUUGUCUAGUGUUGAGGACUACCAUGUCUAUUGAAAUGUGUGAGGACAUUGUCUAGUGUUGAAGACUACCAUGUCUAUUGAAAUGUGUGAGGACACUGUCUAGUGUUGAAGACUACCAUGUCUAUUGAAAUGUGUGAGGACAUUGUCUAGUGUUGAGGACGACCAUGUCAAUGGGUGCGUCCAUACUUUACAGAAUCUAUAUCGCUGCCAUGUGUACGGUGGUUGUCAGCUAUCAGUGAAUAAUGCAGAUACAUUUUCCUGUUGAUUAUAUUCUAUUUGAUUUUACUCUACUGAAUAUAUCUUUUAUAUUGCCGUUCAUUGAGGCAAUGAUUUUACUCUACUGAAUAUAUCUUUUAUAUUGCCAUUCAUUGAGGCAAUGAUUUUACUCUACUGAAUAUAUCUUUUAUAUUGCCGUUCAUUGAGGCAAUUAUUUUACUCUACUGAAUAUAUCUUUUAUAUUGCCGUUCAUUGAGGCAAUGAUUUUACUCUACUGAAUAUAUCUUUUAUAUUGCCAUUCAUUGAGGCAAUUAUUUUACUCUACUGAAUAUAUCUUUUAUAUUGCCGUUCAUUGAGGCAAUGAUUUUACUCUACUGAAUAUAUCUUUUAUAAAGCCUUUCAUUGAGGCAAUAAUUUUACUCUACUGAAUAUAUCUUUUAUAUUGCCGUUCAUUGAGGCAAUGAUUUUACUCUACUGAAUAUAUCUUUUAUAUUGCCAUUCAUUGAGGCAAUGAUUUUACUCUACUGAAUAUAUCUUUUAUAUUGCCGUUCAUUGAGGCAAUGAUUUUACUCUACUGAAUAUAUCUUUUAUAUUGCCAUUCAUUGAGGCAAUAAUUUUACUCUACUGAAUAUAUCUUUUAUAUUGCCGUUCAUUGAGGCAAUGAUUUUACUCUACUGAAUAUAUCUUUUAUAUUGCCGUUCAUUGAGGCAAUGAUUUUACUCUACUGAUUAUAUCUUUUAUAUUGCCAUUC